UACAUGAUAAUGACUCUUCUUGUCUUAUCUUGCUAUAAAUUUCCUUUUAUUUUUAUGCAACUCUAGCCAAUCGUGGGUUCAACUAUAUCUAAGUGUUUGAAAUACUUCUAGAGAAGCUAUCUACUGAUUUUUUGGGAUUUAUCUUCCAUUUCAAGAAGUAUAGUAGUCGAUAAAAAUGGUGGAUAGGAAGGUGGAUCUACGGUCCGACACGGUGACAAAACCGACCGAGACAAUGCAAGCUGCAAUGGCAAUUGCGGAGGUAGACGAUGAUGUGUUGGGAAAUGACCCAAUUGCCCUCAAGUUAGAAGAAGAGAUGGCAAAGAUAAUGGGGAAAGAAGGAGGGUUGUUUGUUCCCUCAGGCACAAUGGGGAAUCUUAUAAGUGUUCUUGUACACUGUGACAUUAGAGGGAGUGAAGUGAUUCUUGGAGACAAUUCUCAUAUUCACAUAUUGGAAAAUGGAGGCAUUGCAACCAUUGGAGGAGUCCAUUCAAGAACGGUGAAGAACAAAGAUGAUGGAACAAUGGAUAUUGAUUUGGUUGAAGCUGCCAUUAGAAAUCCAAAGGGCGAACUCUUCUUCCCAACAACAAGGCUCAUUUGUUUAGAAAACACACAUGCAAACACCGGUGGAAAAUGCCUUUCAGUAGAAUAUACUGAUGAAGUUGGAGAGUUAGCUAAGAAGCAUAACCUCAAACUUCAUAUUGAUGGAGCUCGUAUUUUCAAUGCUUCAAUCGCACUUGGUGUUCCAGUUGAUCGAUUGGUACAAGCAGCUGACUCAGUAUCAGUAUGUCUAUCAAAAGGUUUGGGUGCACCUGUUGGAUCAGUUAUUGUGGGUUCCAAAGACUUUAUUGCCAAGGCAAAAAGGGUUAGGAAAACAUUGGGUGGUGGAAUGAGGCAAAUUGGCAUCCUUUGUGCAGCUGGACUUGUUGCUUUAAAAGAGAAUGUUCAUAAACUUGAAGCUGAUCAUGACAAAGCCAAACAACUAGCUAGCGGAUUACACCAAAUCAAAGGAUUAAAGAUAGAUCCAAAAUCAGUUGAGACAAACAUUAUAUUCUUUGAAAUAGAAGACGAUUACGGAAUCUCAAUGGAAACAUUAUGUAAAAGCUUGGAAGAACGUGGCAUUUUUAUGAUGCUAGAAAGCCAAAUAAGGGCUAGAAUUGUUCUUCAUCAUCAGAUUUCAACAAGUGAUGUGCAAUACACUUUAUCUUGCUUUCAGCAAACUCUCAAUGGAAUUAAAGUUGAAAAUGGCAACUAAUCAACAACUAACUCUAUGUGUCUCUGUCUCUAAUAAACAGAGUGGAAUUUACCAACUUUGGCUUAUGCUAAAUAUGCCCUUUUCUUUUCUUGUUGUAUUAACACAUUUCUAAUCCCUAUGUUGGGUUGUAAUAAUAUUAUGUUUCUCUCUUUCA